CCCCUUCGUUUCUCCACUCUCUCUGUUUCCGCCUCUGCCGUCUGAUCCUCUCUCUCUCUCUCUCUCUCUCUCUCUCUCAAUCAUGUUGGCCAAAGGGCAACGUCCGAUCAUCGGAAGGUUAUCGGAGCUUCUCGUCUCCCGUUGCCGGCCAGCCUUCCUCGACACCACCACCACCGCCUCCUCCGCCAGCCCCACUUCCCAUUUCGACCUCUCCCCUUCUCCCAGAGGCAAUCUAAAAAAUUACAACGCCGCCGUCGGACUUGGCAUCGUCGCCGCCCUCGAUACCUCCACCUCCGCCGUCCGUGGAUGUGAUAUUUUGGUUAAACACGCCGUCUUCAGCCCGAAAUUUAACUCCGCUCGCUGCCCUGCUCCGAUCCCGAUCGCGUUGGCUGGUGGGUCGUUUCAGCCGGAGGAAGACGACGAACUCGACGGCGUGGAAGAGAAUUACACUUAUGUUACCACGCGUGGACCUCACGAAUCUUCCACACGUGUCUAUUACGACGGUGGUCUGGUCGCUAGUAGGUGUUGUGAGAAAUCGCCUCCGAUUAUGGCUCCCGCCGAUGAAACUCCGCCGCGCCGGACGGCGGAUUUCCUCCGAUCGUGUCAUUUGUGUGGGAAAAAUUUAGAGGGGAAAGAUAUUUACAUAUACAAAGGGGAAUUGGCGUUUUGUAGCCCGGAGUGCCGGUCGAGCCAAAUAACGAAGGAGGAGACGAAGGAGCGGUGUCGGUCGGAGACGAGAACGGCUGUGGAGAUGGCGUCGAACUCGCCGUAUAACAGAGGGAUUUUCUCGACUGGGAUUCUUGCAAUUUAGGUGAAGAAUUAGAAGAAGAGGAAGAAAGUAUAUACAAAAUUUAGAUACGGCUAAUAGUUUGGUUUUUGAGUAUUGUAUACAUGAAGAACAAGUGGAGUGACAAUUAUUUACCCACUUCUUGUUUUAUGAGCAAUAAAAUAGAGAAAGGCAAUUUUUUUAU